AUGCACAAACGCACCAAGAUUAAGAUUGCCAUCUUCGUGCUGCUGGUAGGGAUGGCUUGCAUGUUCACGGCCGUGGUGACGGACCACUGGGCCGUGCUCAGCCCCAAAGUGGAUAAAGUCAACCAGACCUGCGAGGCGGCCCACUUCGGCCUGUGGAGGCUGUGCAAGAAGUACAUCUACAUUAGCUCGGAGAACUACGAGGCGGGGCACGGCUGCGGACCCAUCAGCCUGCCGGGAGAGGAGAACUGUACGUACUUCAGACACUUCACUCCAGGGCAGGACGCUGAGAUAUUUGAGUACAAAACACAAAAAGAGUACAACAUCUCAGCUGCAGCCAUCUCCAUCUUCAGUCUGGCCUUCAUGAUCCUAGGCUCUCUGUGUUUGAUGGGCUCGUGUACCGGGAAAGGGAAAGGACGAGACUACCUCCUGAAACCUGCCGGCAUGUUUUAUGCAUUUGCAGGUCUCUGCGCCUUCAUCUCUCUGGAGGUGAUGCGUCAGUCGGUCAAACGCAUGAUCGAGAGCGAGGACACGAUCUGGAUCGAGUACUACUACGCCUGGUCCUUUGCCUGCGCGUGCACCGGCUUCGUCCUCCUCUUCCUCACCGGCAUCGCGCUCCUCCUCCUCUCCAUGCCGCAGAUGCCGAAGAACCCGUGGGAGACGUGCAUGGACGCCGAGCCGGAUCAAGUGGAGUGAUUCGAGGGAAACUGACCUCCCUGCAAACACGGGCCUUUAGUCAGACGUCCUGCUCACACCUGGGGUUAAGAUGCAUGCUGAUUAAGGGAGGAGCUUAGACCACACCUGAACAGACCUUACUUCCUGCUCUUAAUAAUCCUCAUCUUUAACCUGCAACACUUUAAAUGAUUAAAACCUUAAAGCAGGGAGAAGAUACGAGUUAAAUGACACGUCACCUCUGAUUGUUCACCUCUCUGCAUGCAUGUUAACUCCAGGUGUAAACAGCGACUUCACUUUAUUCUGUAUGCACGCUGAAGUUUUAAAUACACCCGUACUCGCCAACAUUUCCCUCCAUGUGGAGACCAGAGUCUGAGUUUCAGAGCCCUCGGUUUGUUGCCUCAAAUGUCAUAAUCAUGCAAACUUUGGCUCUUCAUAUUUCACAUUUAGGAUCAUUAUAAAUUGACAUUUUAAAUAUUGCAUACAGUUCUGUCCUGACUCACAGUCGGGGACUUUAUCUGAAUUUGCUUACUGUUCAUGUAUGAUAACUUGUACAUAUCUGAUGUGUGUGUGUGUGUGUUUUUGUAUCAGGGAUUAAACAGAGUAAGAACAGCGAUAUGUAUCUAAAUGUUCAGCUGUACAUUUUUCAGAGUGAUGAGGAGGAGACUUUAAAGAUGCAGACCGUCUCAUGUCAGAUAGAGCGUCGUGAAUAAAUGAGCAGAGCAGCAGCACAGAGCAGGUGUGUGUAUGUUUAUGUGUGUGUGUUUGUGGCAUGCUGAAUGCUAAACACCCACACAGUCUGCUGCACACAGCGUGCUGGAAAAGGUUCAGAUCCAGCAGGUGCACAAACAAGGCUUUUACUUUCAGUGAACAAACCAAUUGGAUUCAAAAAAUCUCUCUUCUUCUGCUUAAUGUGUCUGCAGUCACUUAAAGCAGCAGUUUGUCUUAAGCAUCGUCUUUGAAGGGAAACCUGCAUACGACACAGAUAUCAGCUCAGCUGUCUUAGCUUUCAUUUCAGAUUUAACAAAGUAGAUGGCCCGAUGUGUUCGAGGGAACCAGCCAUGCAGAACGGAAACACAGGCACAGAAUUAUCUAAUCCCAAAAUUCAGCCCGCAACCCCCACUGCCCCUUUAAGUGAUUAAAAGUUGCUUCAAACCGUCUAGUCUGGUCCUGUUCGAGGUUUCUACCUGUUGAAUAUAAGUUGUUUUCUAAUUUAGCCAAGCAGGCCGAUGGCGGUCCACCAUUGAGUCUAGUUCUGUCCGAGGUUUCUGCCUCUUAUUUAGAUGAAAGUUUCUAUUUCAGCAAAUGUGGUAGAUUGCUGUCACCAAAUGAGUCUGAUGUUGUUGAAGGUUUCUGCCAGGUAAACUUUUCCCUCAAAGUGAUUAAAACUCACUUCAAACCGUCUAGUCUGGUCCUGUUCAAGGUUUCUACCUGUUGAAUGUACAGUAAAUUGUUUUCUAAUUUAGCCAGGGAGGCAGAUGGCGGUCCACAAUUGAGUCUAGUUCUCUCCGAGGUUUCUGCCUUUUAGAUGAAAGUUAUUUAUUUAUUUUGACAAAUGCGGCAGAUGGCUGUCACCAGUGAGUCUGGUGUUGUUGAAGGUUUCUGCCAGUAACAUUUUUCCCUUGACUAGUUAAAAGUUGCUUCAAACUGUCUAGUCUGGUCCUGUUCGAGGUUUCUACCUGCUGAAUAUACCUUUAGUUGUGUUCUAAUUUAGCCAAGAAGGAAGAUUGAGGUCCACCAUUGAUUCUAGUACUGUCUGAGGUUUCUGCCUUUUAGAUAAAACUUUUUUUCUAUUUCAACAAAUGCGGCAGAUGUCUGUCACCCAAUGAUUAAUUACUUAAUUAACAUAAUUAAUUGCUAACUCACCCUUAACUUCAGAGUCAGGGGAUUUAGCAACAAACGAAGGCAGAAAACUACUGAAAAGAUGAGUAUUUGAAGGUUUUAUUUGAAAUGUAAUGACUACUUUUGUUGAUAUUUUUGCAAUAAUAGGUAAAAUAUGCAAUUUUGGAUUACUAGACCUUCUAGUAGACAUUUCAGAACCCCCCAGGAGGUCCCGACCCCCAUUUUGGGGACCCCCGAUCUAAUUCAACCUGCACAUGAAGAGGGUUGUUUCUAACCUCGACCUGUCACAGACACAAACUGACUCUGAAGAAGAAGGAGGAAACAUGGUGUUUAGUUGCUCACUCCACCUUUACGCCACAUACUCUACAUCCUGCACCGCCUGUGCUCACGCGCUCUGCUUUAGUUCUGAGGAGUGUAAAUUGGGGCUAAUUUGCAUCUCCUGCUGCUGCUGUGUGCGAGAGCUGCGACCUUCAGCACGUUAGGAGCUCCUUCAGGGGGAAAGUAAUUUAUUCUGACUUUUUGUUCUGACUUAACUCAUGUUGUUUUUGGGACUGCUAUCUUCCUCUUACUGUAUGUUUGACAA